GGUUCAGCUCUGUUGUUUCUGAGCUGUGGGUUGAGUCACAGGAUUAUUGACGCUGCUUCUCUCUUCAGCUCAGACACAUUCAUAGACGUCUGCAGAAGAAGAGCAGCUGUAUGCUUCUUCAGUCUGACAUCCUUUACUACCUAAAUGAUGAGAAAAAGGCAGAUUUUUCUUUUCCUCGUCUCAAUCUUCAUUUCUAUGGGGAAAUCUGAUUUUGCACCAUAUUUUUAUGAUAAUGGUGAUGACAGUUUCAGUGGAAAUAUGGCGUUAUUCACUGUUGCAGAAGACACGUCUGUCGGAACUCAUUUGUAUACACUAAAUGGCUCUGACCCAGAAGGGGAACCCGUGACCUAUGGCAUGACCUUUGAUAAGGGUUACAAAGAGUAUUUCAAUGUUGAGCCCAAAUCAGGUCAUGUGACUCUCAUUGAAAGUCUGGACAGAGAGGUUCAGGAUGAGAUUGUGACAUUUGUGAGCAUCACAGAUGGCAGAAACAAGGUUGUGGAAAAAGUGAGUGUGUUUGUCACAGAUGCUAAUGAUGAAAAGCCACAGUUUUUAAAUCUACCGUUUAUGGCAGACGUCCCUGAGGACACCAAACCGGGCAGAAGCAUCUAUAGAGUCCAAGCUGUAGACAGAGACCUGGGGUCAGGAGGAAGUGUCACCUACUACCUGCAGUCUGAACUCAACAACAAAUUCACUAUUGAUGGUCACAGUGGAGUUCUGCGCAUUAAACUUGGUGAAUCGCUGGACUACGAACUUUCAAGGACUCAUUUUGUUACUGUGAUUGCAAAGGACGGUGGUGGUAAAUAUCAUGGGAAAUACAUUGUUAUGACCUCAACAGCGAUUAUAACCAUCAAUGUACUUGAUACCCAAGAUUCCCCUCCAGUAUUUGUUGGUACUCCAUAUUUUGGAUUCGUUUAUGAAGUCUCUGUUCCAGGAUCAGAAAUAUUCACUGUAAUCGCAAAGGACGGCGAUCAGAACAAUAUCAAUCCAAUCCAGUAUUCCAUCCUUAAUGACAGUGAGGGAUUCUUCAGCAUCAACGGCACCAGCGGUUGUAUUAGCUUGACGUCAUUUCCUGUACAGCUGAGGAAUGAGCUAUAUGAAUUGAAAGUCAAGGCUUCAGAAGUUGGUUCUGACAACCAGUUACUCGACUAUGCCAUUACCACGGUUACUAUUCGUGUGAUGGACCUCAACAACCACCCACCAACCUUCUACGGUGAAACCGGUCCACAGACCAUGUUUGAGUUGAGCAUGUAUGAGCAUCCACCUGAAGGCGAUAUCCUCAGAGGUCUGAAGAUCACAGUGAACGACUCAGAUCAGGGAGCAAAUGCUAAAUUUCGACUGCUGCUGGUGGGUCCAGCACGAGUUCUUCGCGUGGUUCCUCAGACCGUUCUUAAUGAAGCUCAAGUUACCAUCAUUGUAGAAAACUCCAGUGCCAUGGACUAUGAGAAAUAUCACUUCCUAACAUUCAAGCUGUUAGCCGUUGAGAGCGACACUCCAGAGAGAUUCAGUGCGACUGCAGAUAUUGUGAUCAAUCUUUUGGACACAAAUGACAAUAUUCCAAAGUUUUCCUCAGAAUUUUACAUCGCUAAAAUCUCUGAAAAUUCUCCCGGCGGCUCCAAUGUGGUCCCAGUCACUGCGACAGAUCCAGACUCUGGGCUUUGGGGGGAGGUGAAAUAUUCUAUCUAUGGUUCUGGUGCUGAUCUGUUUCUCAUUCAUCACACCUCUGGUGUUAUUUACACACAGCCCUGGGCGUCUUUAGAUGCUGAAGUGAAGACAAAAUAUAAUUUCUACGUAAAGGCUGAAGAUAUUGAGGGCAAAUAUAGCCUUGCAGAGGUGUUUGUGACCGUGCUGGACCGAAAUGACCACCGCCCAGAGUUCAAUGAGAAGUUCUUAGAGAAGACCAUGAUUAUCGGAGCUCCACUGAAAAUAGAGGCUGUGGAUGAGGAUGCCGAGGAACCCAAUAAUCUCAUUGAAUACUCCAUUCUGAAAGCCGAUCCAGACAACAUCUUCGACAUCAACGCAUCCACCGGUGAGAUCAAGCUGAAACCAUUUGCUAAAUCUAUGGAGAUUGUGCAGAACAUCACCAGGCAGAAAGACUGCCGGUGGUCCGUGGUGGUACAGGCUCGUGAUCGAGGCUCCCCAUCCUUCAGUACCACUGCUGUUUUGAAAAUUGAUAUCACAGAGGCGAAUGGGCUCAAAGGUCCUGUGGCUGCCUUUUUAAUGCAGAGUCGAGACAAUCCAGUGAAAGUUCUUGGUGUGGCAGCUAUCGUUGUUAGUGUUAUGCUACUAGCAACGAUUAUGAUCUCCACGGCUAUGUAUUUUCGCAAUACAAAGUCUAACAGGAUCACGCCAGCACGACGUAUCAUACGCAGGAGACCCAAAGAGCAUCAACAGUGGACCUUCAGACCUCCCCUCGGACUCACAGACAAUAACGGUACAAGGGGGAACCAGAACAACAGCCCCAGAAGAAAGCCACCUGCCCCUAGUGCUCCUGUCUUACCCCCCCCGCCCUCCAACUCGGGUGAGCGACAGUGGCCGACAGUGCCCACAGUGUCUGGUGUCGUGACGUCUGAGAACUCCAGUCGCAGCUGUAGAUGGAGCUCAAAUAAACCCACAGAAAACGUUACAGGACACAUGAACUCAUCUCUGGUGUCUGAGUUAAAAAAGAGAAUAGAGCAGAAAAUCAUUGAGGCAAAUCAAAGUUAUUACUGCUGAAAACACUUAACUGGGUGAUUACCAUACAGAAACUGUGUGCACGAGCAUGGGUGGGGCUGAGUGGGGCAGUAAUGCAGGGUCAAUUGUAACAUUGACCUUUUAUUUAGUUACACAAGGCAGAGCAAUCUUUGCUUUUGAUCUUUAUCUCUCAAUAUCAUAAUUGAUACAAAUUUGUAAAAAAAUGUUGAUGUGUUUUCGUUAAGAUACUAGAAAAAGAAGCACAGCAGUAAAUUUCUUUAUCUUAUGUUUCAAUGGAUUCUUUGCAUUCUCCUGCAUCGACCCCCGCAAAAGCGCAAAUUCAAAUCAUUGUAAUUCCUGGACAUUUUCCUUAAAAAUCUCGCAACUGCACCGUGCCACUUACUAGUCCAAAUCUGGCAUUUAAACUAUUUUCAGAACUACUAUGUUAUAAUACAUUUAGAGAAUAACAUGUUUGAGACAAAGUCUGGACUGUCUCAUUGUGCAUCAUUGGCAGGUUUUAACCUUUUCAAAGUUUCUGUUUAAAGGACACCUAUUAUGCAGAAUUCACUUUUACAAGAUGUUUGGACAUAAUAUGUUGUAAAUACAACCACCCUAUGAUGUAAAAAAUCCACCCGCUUCUUGUUUUUUAAUCCCCAUUAAAAAGGUCACAUUUAUAAAGCCCCGGCCACUUACAGUCCUGCAUUAGGGUCCAGUCACACCAAAAGCGCUUUAAACGCUUGCAAACGCAAGGCGCGACGCACUGCCUUUUUUAAAAAAGAGCAGUGCGGCGCGGCUUUUCAUAUUGCUAAGCAACCACCGAGUCAGCUGUCUUGUCAAUCAAAUAUUGAAGCGUGCGCUCUUUUGCUGUUAACUGUCAUAUUAGCAGAAACUUUAAAAAGAGGACGCUUGCUCUGACCUUGUUUGAGGGUGAGAGGUGCACAAACACGCAGGAGAGAGUGAGCGAGUGGAGUCCGGUUCUUCAAAGCAACUGUAAACUUCCCUCACCACAACGUAAGGCCCGCCUCUCCCCUCAUUCGAUUGGACAAUGGAAAGACGCAAAUGACGUCAGGCGCUUCUCCGCUCUCAGCGGUCCUUCAAAAACAUGUGCGCGGCAGGCGGCAAAAACUGCAAGGCGCUCGGCUCUCAUAAACAGCGCGCAAACGCGCCCUGCCCAUAGAAUAUCAUUCAAAAAAGGCGCCUGCAACUGCCAUAAACGCUUUUGGUGUGACUGAGCCCUUAGCAUAGUUUCCACCCUCUGCGAGUUGUACCCUGUCCACUAGAUACUAUGGUCUCAGACUGUAUUAAUCAAAUCUAUUAACUGAAAGGGAGUGAGGAGCUGUAGCUCAUUUGCAUUUAAAGGUACAGACAUUAAAACAGAGCGGGUAAAUAAGAGCAUUUUGGACAUGUUAUAAUGAUCUUGGGGUAUUUUAAGUUGAAAGUUCACAGACACACUUUUUAUUACAUCUUGUAAAAAGGUUACAAUAGGUGCCCUUUUUUACAGAAUAGAAACAACGCACUGUCACCAAAACAAAAGAGAGUUGCGUCAGCGAUCUGGCGUCAGUAUUGAUUAUUUGUUCUCAUUAGUGGAGAAAACUUUUUAUCAUAGUACAUAUGCGUUUGCUUUUGAGUGUCGUGACAUGAAUAAAUACAUGUGCUUUAAAAGACUAUUUGAGAAGCUACAACUACAAUUAUUACAAUAUUACUGUGUGUGUGUGUGUGUGUGUGUGCGUGUGUGUGUGUGUGUGUGUGUGUUUGCGUUUGUGUGCAUGUGUGUUCGCGUUUGUGUGCAUGUGUGUUCGGAUGGAUCAAACAUUUAAUGUUACAAAUGGAUGGUUAAGCAGAAGUUGUUUAAGGCUUCAGCUGUGUUGAAACUUGUUUUAGAGUAUUUUAAAAUCUCUAUGUCUCUGUGUUUAAAAUUUCUUGUAUAUGUAAAAGUAUAAUAAAAAUACAAGAGGUUGAGAGGAGUUGAUUAA